AUGUUCAUUGCCCAAUCACACAUUGAACACAACGUCCUCGACAUUGGUGGCAGUAAGCUCGACACGGCUUUUGCCAGUAACCUGCCUGCCGCCAUUGCCGGUACAGAUUGGUUUCCCAAGGAACUCGCCUACAUUAAGGGAAUGGAAAAGUGGUGUGCUAUUGCUAACCGCUCGUACCAGACCACGGAUGAACUGAGCAUCAUCGAAUCGACCGCUCAGGAGGUCGUUGCCCAGCUGCCCUCGGGUACCUGUAUCAUCGAUAUGGGCGCUGCUGACUCUUUCAAGUUUGCUCCGUACGCCCAGGAGUUCAUCGCUCAGAACAAGGAGUGCACCUAUGUGCCUCUGGAUCUGUCCGAGUCCUCCCUAAUCCGCCACAUUGACAAGGUCAAGGAGGCUUUUCCUACCAUUAAGUGUGUCGGCCUCUGGGGUUCUUUCCAGCAGGGCGACCGCUUUUUUCACAACAUCCCACAGGGGAGACUCUUCCUCUCUCUUGGCAGCAUCUUCUACAAUGCCCCUGAUGACAUGUGCGUUGAUCGCUGCGCUGAAUUCCGCCGCCAUUUGGCGAGUUCUGAUCGACUGAUUGUUGGUCAGGACGCACCAUCUGCCACGGAGAGCCAUAGUGCUCAGUCGUCUUACCAGACGGAUGAGUAUGCGGCUUUCUUUGUUCGCUAUCUGGAGGGCAUCCAGGACCACGCUGGGAUCGUGGCUGAUGCGAAGUCCGCUUGGACCUACGAGUCCAACAUGGACAAGGCUAUGCAUUUCUUCAAGGUCACCGCCCUGAAGGACAUGGUCUGUGAGAACUUUGGGGGAUACAAGAUCUCCGCCGGUACGACGUACAAGAUGUUUCCAUCUUGGAAGCGUGGCGAGGAUGAGAUCCUCGCGAUUACUAAGAAGGAGGGCCUGUCCGUCAAGACUCUUGGCAAGGCCAAGAACUCCGGCAUGCGCCAGUAUCUUAUUGGCCCUCAGUAA